CGUGUAGUUACUUCCGUUGAUAACAAGUCAAGAUCAUAUGUGAAGCUAUGUGAUAAAACAUGACUUUCAAAUUGGCGUUAGGAUUAAAAUUGUGAUUGCAGAGGUGGUCGUACUGCAGUUGAACAAGUUCAAGUAGCAAAAUAACAAUGUCUCAACAAACAGGGUAUACGGAUACUACACCUGUCAUUCCAGGACUUGGUGCUUCACCAGUACCUACGCUAAUACCAAAUGGUCAACCUCCUCAAUGGACAAAGCCACCAAUUUCGUAUUCUGCGAAACAGCAGAGACCACCAGUGAAUGGGCAGCGGCCUCAAAGUUCAAGUAAUCCAUUUGCAGCUAAUGGAACACAAACGCCUCAAAACCCUGGUAGUCUGUCUUCACAAUCGUCAAGGGAUCCUUCGCCGGCGCCGUCAAGUGCAUCUACCCUAUCGUCUUCUACUCCAAACCUCGCGUCCCUCGAUAACACUGGGCGGCAACCUGGAAGAGUGCCUGUGUUGCCUUCUAACCCGUACACCCCUUUGCAGACUGGAUCGGGGUCACCACUGAGAAUAGCACCACACGGUAGCAGCCAUCCACAUCUCUCAGCAGGUGCUUCAUCUGGCCAGCAAGUGCAGCCAGAACAGAGGUACAGUCCAGCUGUUCAGCAGAUGGGCUUCUCAUCUCCACAUAUAAAUGGCCCAAAUGUGGGGAUUCCUCCCACUUCGAGGAUUGUGCGAACUAACAUGGAAGGAACUGUUGCGAGGAGUGAUGUGCAGGAUGGCUCGGAGCAUCUCGACCAGUCACCAAAAAAUCAAGAACUGCAGAGACAGAUGCCUUAUGCACCACCUGCUGUAACACAGCAGCAAAGCAGUGGACAGGUGCCUUCUUACCCUCAGCAACAAGGCCAGAGAAUGCAAGGGGACCACCAGGCUUCAGCUCAGUUCAUGCAGCCCGGUCAGCAUCAGUUGCAAGGCCCCCCCACUUUGUACGGUGGUGUCAGUCCUCAGAAGAUUCAAGGAAUGUCUAAUGUUCAACAGGCAUCACCAGUCCAGGCUGCUUUCCAGACUGUGAAUCCAAUUUUUAAGCCACAGGUGGCUGGUCAGCAGCACAUGGAUCAAAGUUCUCCCUCUCAGCAACUUUUAAAUCAGAGGAAGCCAGUCGAUAGACCUCAGCCCCAAGGGCUUCAGUCACAGACCCCUGCAGGGAACCAGUAUCAACAGAGCACGAGUGUCUAUGAAAACCAGGGAACGAAUUCACAGGUACAGCAAGCACCGCAGCUAGCGAGGACAAACUUAACACAAACACCAGUGAAUCGGUUGCAAGGACAGAAUCAGUUUUCCUCUUCUACGACAAACCAACGACUGGUGAACUUGCCAGAACAAACUUUUGUUCAACCUCGAGCCCAAGGUCCAAGUCAGAUAAUGCGUCCACCACUUAAUCAACCUGUGGGACAAGCUUUCACUUCUGAGCCUCCCAAGAGUGGUACGCAGUUGCAGCCGACAAAUCAGUUUCCACAGCCUCCUAAUCAGCUCUCGACUGGUGCUCCCACUCAGCAACCGUAUACCCCAAAUACUUACGGACAGGCCAGGAACAAUCCACCCGCGAAUCAGUUCUCGUAUGCUUCGAGUCAGCCGUAUCCGCAGAGUUCAGAUUCACGUGUAAACUCAUCUGCCAGGCAGAUGCAGCAGCAGCAGCAGCAGCAGCACAUUCCAGGUCAGUUCCCUCCACAGCAGCCAGCUGGUGCCUCUUAUCAGUCUGGAAUCACUGGUCCUGCUUCACCAGGCUACCCAGGACAGAAUAUUGUGACUCAGAUCGGCACACAACAACAGCAUCACCACCAGCAGCAGCAGCCACAGCCACAGCCGCAACCAGUACCAUAUAAACCUGGAGCAUCUGCACCAACAUUAACACAGUUCCCACCAUCUAUUCCAAGGAGUCAAGAUCAGGGCCCUUACUUGCCAACCUCACAGGGACCACCACAAAUGACACAUCCUCCACAGCUACAGCAGCAGCAACCACAGCAACAGAUGCCUCAACAACUACAGCAGCAGCAGCAUCAGCAACAGUUGCUUCAACAACGACAACAACAACAACAACAGCAGCAGCAGCAGCAGCAGCAGCAGCCACCGCAGCAACAACUGCUUCAACAACAACAGCAGCAGCAUCCGGUAGCUCCAUGGCUCAACACGCAAGUGACACCCAUUCAGCAGCAGCAGCACCAGCACCCAUUGGUCAAAAGGUAUCCACAGCAGCCUGAUUAUCAGCCUACCAGCCCAGAUAGUCUCAGUCAGAUGAUGUCUGGAAUGUCAGUUGCUCAGCAAGGUUUCAACAAAUUGUGGGGACAUGAAAGCUGUGAUCUUCUGCAGAACCGAAACAUACUACCUCCUGAGAAAAUUGAACCACCAAAAAUUAGAUUACACCAAGAAUUUUUGGAUAGUGUUAAUUGUAGCCCAGACAUUUUUAGGUGCACACUUACCAAAAUACCUGAAACGAGUUCCCUUCUGCAGAAAUCAAGAUUACCUUUAGGAAUACUUAUUCAUCCCUUCAAGGAUCUUAAUCACUUGCCUGUUAUACAGUGCAACACCAUUGUCCGCUGCCGUUCGUGUCGAACUUACAUUAAUCCAUUUGUGUAUUUUGUGGACCACAAACGAUGGAAAUGCAAUCUCUGCUUCAGGGCAAAUGAAUUACCAGAGGAGUUCCAGUUUGAUCCUGUCAGCAAAUCCUUUGGGGAUCCAUCAAGGAGGCCUGAGAUAAAGUCUUCAACCAUAGAAUUUAUUGCUCCAUCAGAGUAUAUGCUACGGCCACCGCAGCCGGCUGUGUACCUCUUUGUGCUGGAUGUAAGUGCUUUAGCUGUUGAAUCUGGAUACCUUCAGAUAUUUUGUGAGACUCUGCUGGAGGAACUGGAUAAACUGCCAGGUGAUGCGAGAACCACUGUGGGCUUCAUCACAUUCGACAGUACAAUUCACUUCUACAGUCUCGCAGAGGGCCUCAGUCAGCCACACCAGAUGAUUGUUGUGGACACUGAUGAUGUUUUCCUGCCAUGUCCUGACAAUCUGCUCGUCAACCUUGCCGAAUGUCGAGAGCUCGUGAGAGACCUGUUGCAGCAGCUGCCUCAGAAAUUCUCGGUGUCUCACGACAGCCAAUCAGUGCUGGGUGCUGCCCUGCAGGCUGCCCACAAGUUAAUUUCACCAACUGGAGGAAGAGUGACAGUUUUCCAGUCUUGCUUGCCAAAUCAAGGGCCUGGUGCACUCACUCCUCGAGAGGAUCCCAGUCAGCGAGCGGGGAAAGAUGCUCCACAUCUUAACCCUGCCACUGACUUUUAUAAAAGGCUGGCUCUCGACUGUUCAGGGCAUCAAGUUGCAGUUGAUCUGUUUAUUGUCAACAGCCAAUACUGUGACUUAGCCACAAUAUCUGGAAUUUCGAGGUUUUCUGGGGGUUGUAUUCAUCAUUUCCCUCUUUUCAAAGCCUCAAAUGUUCUUCAAGCAGAAUAUUUUCAGAGGUCACUGAAGAGGUACCUAACACGCAAGAUUGGGUUUGAAGCGGUGAUGAGAAUCCGAUGCAGCAGAGGACUGGCAAUACACACGUUCCAUGGCAACUUUUUUGUACGCUCAACUGAUCUGUUGUCACUGCCAAAUGUGAACCCAGAUGCAGGCUUUGGGAUGCAAAUUUCUAUUGAGGAGAGCCUUACAGACCUUCAGAAUGUAUGUUUUCAGGCAGCUUUGCUUUACACAUCAAGUAAAGGAGAACGUCGAAUUAGAGUACAUACACUUUGUUUACCAGUUGCGACUGGCCUGGCGGACAUCCUUCAUUCUGCGGAUCAACAGUGUAUUGUGGGAUUGCUUGCAAAGAUGGCUGUGGACCGUUCCCAUGAAUCGUCACUUUCUGAUGCUCGUGAUGCCUUCAUCAAUGUUGCUAUUGAUGUGCUGUCUGCGUACAGAUUGGCACAGGGUUCAGCAGCAGCUAGUGGAGGACUUGUUGCACCAUUCAGCUUAAGAUUGUUGCCUCUCUACAUUCUUGCACUUCUAAAAUAUACUGCAUUUCGCACUGGGCAGAGCACGAGACUUGAUGAUCGUUUAUUUGCCAUGUGCCAGAUGAAAAACUUGCCUUUGGCAUUGCUUAUACAAAGCAUUUACCCAGAUAUGUAUCCUGUUCAUUCCCUCAGUGAUCAGGGCAUUCCACAGGAGAAUGGUGAAAUCAUACCUCAACCUCCAAGACUACAUCUCAGUGCAGAAAAAUUGGAUUUUAGAGGAGCAUUCCUAAUGGACACCGGUGAUCAUAUGAUUAUAUAUGUUGGGCGCAAUGUUGCUCCUGAAUUUUGUAUAAAUGCUCUUGGUGUUCAAAGUUUUUCAAUGAUACCUGAAGACAUGUAUGAGCUACCAGAGCUUGAAACGAUAGAAUCUGGAAGGCUACGUAGAUUUAUUAACCAUCUUCAGUCGGAGAAGCCGGUACCUGCAACUUUAGAAGUUAUAAGGGACGACAGCCCUCGCCGUGGGAAGUUUCUAGAACGACUCAUAGAGGACCGUACAGAAUCGGCGUUAUCUUACUACGAGUUCCUGCAACACCUGAAGUCAAACAUAAAGUGAUCCUAUACAGAACACAGCACAUUCACAACAUUAAACAGCUGACACUUGUUAGCAAGGCUCUAAACAUCAGAUUUAUGCAUUGUGUAUAAUGUGUUGUGCAUUAAAGUUUUUGAGUUCAUGGACAAUUACUCGUGCUGGGCACUCGUUCGGAUACAGAUGAGACAUGAUUACAGUAUAGGAAUUUGCUGCAGUUUCUUUAAGUUGUGGGCCAUCUUGGCUUUUUCUGUUGUUUGUGCUCUAUUAAACCACUUGAUAGCAGAGUGCACAUACAGUGACAACAUUGUUGCAACAUUUUUGCCAUUCUGUUUCUUCAUAUCUGAUAGUUAAAAAAAGUGAAUAUUCUGGAGCUGUUCUUGACCCAGUGAAGAUAUCAUCAGCUAACUAGGGAACAUUUCAGAAGCAAAUGGAAAAAAAAAUUCUUCAGCUUUAAAAACUUAAAUGACUAUGGUGUUGUGAUGCCUGAGAUUCUCUUUUGCCCAAAGAGUUUAUGUAGUCUGAUUCUUGUUUUUGCUGAGUGAAGGAAAAGACUAUAGUGUACAAUGUGGUGAAUAUUUAUAAAUGUGUUUGUCUGUAAAGAAUGAUACUUUUAGGGCAGGGACAAACUUUAACUGUAGAAUAUAUAUAAUUUUGUUAAAUGUAGAUGUUUUUGCUGUUUGUACUUUGUUAAAUAAUUGUUGUGUAAAUGGUAGAAAUGAAAAUGGAUAGAAAGUUUCAUGUCAAAUCUGGAAGCAGCGUCCGGUUAAUCUCCCAGUUCGUAUGUCCCGUAUUUCUGUGGAGCUCAUACAUCUUAACAGAGGAUAUAGUUUUUAAAGGAAGAAAAGAUCAAUUUUUUUUUAUUCUAGUCACAUAUAGACUAAUUUACUACCUUUUAUUGGUGUGAAGUCCUGUGUGUCCACUGGCUGCAAACCUUUUACAGUAUACUGUGUUGAAAUUUUUUUAAUGUGUUGUACAGUGGCAUUUUUUGAAUCACUCUGGGUUGUAUUAUCUGUAUUGAAUACCGUGGUAGACUGUUUUGGGUCCAGAAUUUUAUCACCUCUUCAAAAGAUUGUGUUUGUUAUAUAAUUCCUCACAAAAGAUUUUCAUUUUUUGCAUGGUUGGGAUGUUUUUUUAGUUAUUCUUUCAUGUUUGACAUGUUUUAAGAAGAGUUUGAAUGUAAUAUAUUGUGAUUAUUAUAAAAUUUGUAUCAGAUAUUGUACUACAAAACUGAACUGGUCAGAAGCUUUUUUAUAUUAUACUUAUGGUUCACUAUCAGGGGAGUAAUGUAAUGAACAGAGUUAUAUAAAACUGUUGAUCUGUGGAUUUCGUUACUGGAUUGUCCACAUGCCAUUACAAAAUCAAAAAUUGGCUAUAAUAAAUUAAAUUAUCACUUAUUC